AUGUUGUUUCUAAUAGUCUCGUUUUCUCUUAUUUUCACGUUUGCAUUUUCAGCAGGGAUUCCCUACGUAGAUAAAGGUUACCCCUAUAUAGAUGGUCACCUACCUACUAAAACGUUCGACAUAACUGAAAGGGGAGACAAAUCUCCACUACACAGUGUAGCCUUCAUUCCAACAGAUCCUGGUGUCUAUGGUAUCUUUUUUUUUAUUGGUGGAAUGGACAGUUUAAUUGCUGCUGAAACGUAUACUAAUUACUUGGGAAGAAUUGCCGGUCAUGGUUUUGUUACAAUUGGGGUUGAUGUUGGAUUCCCAGUCGAGGCCAAAAAUCAUAAAACCGUCUUAAAUAAUUUAAAUCUAAGAGACUUCGCUGACGAUUUUAUAAAACAGUAUCAUUGGCUAGAAGGUAACCUGAAUAGAAUCAUCGAGAAUAAAACCAAAGGAGUGUCUGUAGACUGGAAUUACUCAGUAAUAGGGUCACAUUCGGCCGGAGCUGAUGGUGUCCUAUUGAUGACUGAACGAAACAAUACUAUAGCUAAGGCAGUGGUAUAUUACGAACCGUUCAGUUAUAAAUUCUCAAACCCUAUUAAUUUUACCAUGCCAGCUUUAAUCAUAGGAACAAAAUUUGCCGAGGAACAUCAAGGGUUAUUUCCCCCUUGUAUCAUACCUGGCUAUGGUUUUAAUCAUUUUUAUGAUUAUUGGCGGAAUUCUGAAAGAUUUCUUAUUGAAGUCAAGAAUUUUGGUCACUGUGACAUCCUAGAUGAUGAUAUUAGAUUAUUUUGCGAUUCCAAACAUAUCUGCCUCACCGGAAAUUCAUCCAACAUAAAUCUGUACCACGACUUCGCUCAGGGUGUGACGUCAUCAUUUUUAGUGUACUCCUUAUAUGGUUAUAAGAAUGAUCUGAUGUACCUAACAGACGCUAAAAAAAUGCCGAUUGAAGUAGAAACAUUGAAAUACAACCUAACAUCCGCUAUUUUUCCCUAA